AUGCAAUACAACAGGCAACUGGAGCUCAACCAUACUCUGGCAAAGUUGGAUCUGAGGACGUGGACAAUGUUGACAUGGCAUAUAGGCAAUGAGGGUCGUGAAUAUGUCCUAAGGCGCAUCCUUCGACGAGUUGUACGAUAUGGUACUGAGGUCCUCAAAGAAGAACAAGGUUUUUUCAAUGGGCUUGUAAAAGUUGUGGUGGAAGUGAUGGGCAAUGAGGGUCGUGAAUAUGUCCUAAGGCGCAUCCUUCGACGAGUUGUACGAUAUGGUACUGAGGUCCUCAAAGAAGAACAAGGUUUUUUCAAUGGGCUUGUAAAAGUUGUGGUGGAAGUGAUGGGUGAUGUUUUCCCAUAG